CGAAGGGCAGGGGCCCGUUUACCCUCCCUCCCACCCCGGAGUUAGCGCUGGAAGUUUCCAGCAGGUCGAAGCCGCGCUCUCGGAUGCCACUAGCGCCGGGCCUGGAGGAAGGGGAGCUUAGAGUUGGACAGGAGGAAUGUGGGAAGGGGAGAGAACUGCGACCGAUGGGAGUGAUUGAGGGCCACUAGCAAUGAGCCGGGCUCCGGAUGGAGCCGUGGAUGUGCUAGAAAUAAAGCAGGCGGCAGAGGUAGGGUAGAACUCGGCCGGACUGAGAAGAUAAAAUUCUGUUGUCAGUUAAGACACGUGUUCUUCUCCAGUCCAGGAGUCCUAUUAAUGAAAGAGGCUGGUUAGCUUUGCUCUGUUUAGUGUUCGUAGGCUGCUAGGCACAGCUUAUCAACCAGAAAAUGUACAUGGUUAGCUACAAAGAAGACCAAAUCAGCGUAGAUGGCUUAAUUAACACAAGCCUGUUUCCCCACUGGAGGAUAUGGGGACAGCAAACAAACAAAAACACAAAGUGCAAGAGUGUAUACACUGCUGCUAAGGGUGAUUAUUUACUUAGCAGAUGCAUCCAGUGCCUUCUCGUUGCUAAUACUGUGGGUUAUACAGACACAAAGUUCUCGCUCUCAAGGGGCUGAUAGUCUGAGGUAAGGAGAAAAGUAGCUUCACGCUUGGAUUGUUCAAAGAAAGAAUGUGAUUAAGCCCCAGAGCCCCAAAGGGUCGAGCUCUUUUGGUAUAACUGGGGAAAUUUUUUUAUUUCAUGGUGCUAAAAUUUACUCACGUACAAAAUGGGGAAGAAUGGAUCUGAGCUGUGGCUACUGUAGCAUGGAUAAAGUGACAGCCCUGAUGUGCUCUGGGGUCUUCACCUGAGGAAGUCUUUGUGAAAGGAAACUGUAAAGAUGGUGUAGGCACAAGCAGUUCCUCCCUGUGGAAUCUGAUGGGCAAUGCUAUGGUGAUGACCCAGUAUAUCCGCCUUACCCCAGAUAUGCAAAGUAAACAGGGUGCCCUGUGGAACCGGGUGCCAUGUUUCCUGAGAGACUGGGAGUUGCAGGUGCACUUCAAAAUCCACGGACAAGGGAAGAAGAACCUGCACGGGGACGGCUUGGCGAUCUGGUACACGAAGGAUCGGAUGCAGCCAGGGCCUGUGUUUGGAAACAUGGACAAAUUUGUGGGGCUGGGAGUAUUUGUAGACACGUAUCCCAAUGAGGAGAAGCAGCAAGAGCGGGUUUUCCCCUACAUCUCAGCCAUGGUGAACAAUGGCUCCCUCAGCUAUGAUCACGAGCGGGACGGGCGGCCUACAGAGCUGGGGGGCUGUACGGCCAUUGUCCGCAAUCUCCAUUAUGACACCUUCCUUGUGAUUCGCUAUGUCAAGAGGCAUUUGACGAUAAUGAUGGACAUCGAUGGCAAGCAUGAGUGGAGGGACUGCAUAGAGGUGCCCGGUGUCCGUCUGCCCCGGGGCUACUACUUCGGCACCUCCUCCAUCACUGGGGAUCUCUCAGACAACCAUGACGUCAUUUCCCUGAAGUUGUUUGAGCUGACGGUGGAGAGAACCCCAGAAGAGGAGAAGCUGCAUCGAGAUGUGUUUCUGCCCUCGGUGGACAACAUGAAACUGCCCGAGAUGACAGCCCCGCUGCCGCCCCUGAGUGGCCUGGCCCUCUUUCUCAUCGUCUUUUUCUCUUUGGUGUUUUCCGUAUUUGCCAUUGUCAUUGGGCUCAUACUCUACAACAAAUGGCAAGAUCAGAGCCGAAAGCGCUUCUACUGAGCCUCCUGCGACCACGACCUCUGUGACUGUCACCCAGGAGUGUGGGAGGAGCAGGCACCGGCCUGAGCACAUAGCCAGGCGGGUCAGGGACUCGGUUCUGUCACUGGAGCCUUGGGUGCAGGGACGCUGUGUUCCCGUGGUCACCCGUGAGGACAUCUAACUCUGGAUCAGGAAGCCCACCCCCGGGCAACGCUGCUGUGAUGUGCCUUUCCCCGCAGUCCUGCCACUUGGGAGCGAAGAGGGAUGGAGAGCACACAGGCUGUCAUGAUGCCAAAGCCACCGGAAAGAGUUGCACAGCCCAGGCUGCCUUGUUGUUGGGCUCAGAGGACCCUCGUGCUUCAUUCUUAAAUCUGCAAAGACUAGAAAACUGAUAACUCCUCCUACCUUCCAGCCAUCGAGCCACUGGUGUUUGCUUUUUGUCUAAGCCUCUCUCCACCUGAGGAGCUUUCCUUGGAAAUCUGGAUGGAAACUUCUACCCUGCCUUGCCUUCCUCUCCCUCCAUUCAUUGUCCUCUGCAGAUGCACCCUGAGCUGGAAAAGACAUCUGGCUGCCUCUCUCUUGGGGCCUGGGGCUGCAGAACAAACUUGAGUUUCACUGACCCUCAUUAGGUGGCCGUAGGAGGGGGCAUUCUGCUGGGGCUCACUGCUCUAGCCUGUGUUCUUGCGGGUGGAUCUUGGUUCUGUUGGUGUGUUCAUGACCCUCCCAAUUAAGUCUCUUUAGGCCCUCAGCCAGGUUUGGCUGAAAGCUGGUGUGCAGGUCAAGAGAAGCUUGGGAGACGUCACGGAUGCAGUGGGACUAACUGCGAAACUGACUACUCCACGUUUUGACACCAAAAGCAACAUCUGUCACAUGAUCUGAACACGUGGAGAUGUUUCUGGACUCUCUGGAGCCUGCUUAGCUGCAUGUUUUGUGUUCAUCAUAAUUUUUGGAAUCCUACUUAGAGUGUUCAAAACGUAAGGAAACUUUGUUCUUAUAGCUUGAGCUUGGAUACUCCCCAAAGAGGAAACCUGGCUUCUCUUUCUUAACGGAGAAGGAAUGGUUGUUGUAAAUCUGGAAGCAGUAGACCCCCGUCAUCCGUGCCUGGAAGAGUUCAUUGUCAUUUGAGCAGCCGAGCCUGAGUGUCCUCUGUGGGUCAGCCCUGAUUCCACUGCCUUACCUGAUGAGGUGUCACGUGCUGCUCACCUGUCUGCCCUGUGAUUCCAUUGCUAACAGGCUGGAGGCUCCCUGGAGGGCUUGGACUCUGAGCUCUCCCAGCCCUGUGCUUCUGUAUCCUGAGGGAAAGUCUUAACAUGGCUGAUGGACACCAAA